CUAUUUUAUUUUUAUUUUUUUGUCAAGCGCCAUAUGAACAACACCCGAAAAGGAAAAGCAGUGAGCAUGGGUGUCCGAAUUACUUUUAAAAUCCAGGGUACUAUAUAGUCCCGCACUCUUUCGGUCUUUGGUAGUUAGGGAUUAGGAUUGGAUUUCCCUAGUUUGGAUGUUUCCACCCGAGCCACAAAGCACGUUACACUUCAAAUGGAUUUCCACUACCUGAUGGAUUAACACCUGCAGGUAGGCAGGCAUGCUGCUUCCCGCUGAGGCCCUUAUGCGGCCCCUAUCUAGAAAUGAAGUGCUGGGCAUGUUAAUCAGGUUGACCGUUUUCGGUGCUGUCACAUACUACAGCAUAAAGUGGGUGGUUGAUGCUAUGGACCCUACCACCAAACAGAAAAGUCAGUCCAAGAAAAGGGCAGAACAACUUAUGAAGAGGAUAGGUGUCCAGGGGAUAACACUAACAGAUUACGAACUAAACAUAGCAUCUCAUUUAGUUGAUCCGCAAACUAUAAAGGUUUCCUGGAAGGAUGUUGCAGGUCUUGAAGAGGUUAUCAACGAACUACAAGACACUGUUAUCCUACCUUUUAAGAAAAGGCACCUUUUACCUGGAUCCAAACUCUUUCAACCUCCUAAAGGAGUUUUGAUAUUUGGUCCCCCUGGUUGUGGGAAGACUAUGAUCGCUAAGGCAACAGCCAAAGCCUCAGAAUGCAAGUUCAUUAACCUCCAGGCACCCACUCUGACAGAUAUGUGGUACGGAGAAUCCCAGAAGCUGACUGCCGCGGUCUUCUCUUUAGCCGUCAAAAUUCAGCCAUGCAUCAUCUUCAUUGAUGAGAUUGAAUCCUUUCUGAGGAAUCGCUCCAGCCUGGACCAUGAGGCCACAGCCAUGAUGAAGGCGGAGUUCAUGAGUCUGUGGGACGGACUUGACACUUCUCUAACCACACAGGUGAUGGUGAUGGGAGCCACAAACCGACCACAGGACGUGGAUCCAGCUAUUCUGCGCAGGAUGCCUGCUACCUUUCACGUUGGCCUGCCUGACAUGAGGCAGAGAGAAGACAUCCUGAGGCUGAUUCUCGCAGGAGAAAAUCUCAGUAAUGCUAUUAAUCUGAAGCAGAUUGCUGAAAGGACACAAGGCUACUCUGGCAGCGACCUCAGGGAGCUGUGUCGAGACGCGGCUUUGUACCGCAUCAGGGACUACGUGCGCAAGGAGGAGAUGAGGCAGAUCGGGCUGCUGCUGCAGGACAGUGAGGAAGAGGAGCUCCCAGUGGACAAAGAGAAGCUGCGACCAGUUACUCAGCUGGACCUCCUCUUCGGCCUAGAAAAGAUGAAGGAGUCCAAUCGGGCCACAGCCUCCAUGCUAAGCAAGCCAUCAGUGGUUCCUCUGGACUGAACAUCCUGUUUUGCACUUUUUCAAUUCAAUCAGCAGAGACAUAAAAAAAAACUCUGAAAUACCAGCUGGCAUAAUGGCUCAAAAAUAAAAUUACCAAGGUUCUGUGCAUGCUUGUCAGUAUACAGCACUUCUCAAUGUGAAGGGGAACACAGUUAUAACCCUUGUGCUAUCCUAUGACCCCACCCUAACAUUGACGUGUUAUCCCUACCAUGACAAAAGUGGGGAAAGGUGAAGACAAUUUCAUGUAAUCCAUGGACACCAGUGAAGACCUGUACACUUCAACCUGGAGCUGUCUGUCCUCUCCAAUGAUCACAGCACAGUCUAGAACAGAGGUGGGCACUGAGGGCCGCAGUCCUGCAUGUUUUCCAGCAUACCCUGCUCUGGCAUGUUCUGAUUGGCUGGACACACCUGAACCAGGUAAUCAGCCAUGAGUAGGGCAAGAGUAUCUGGAAAUCAUGCAGACACACCGGUCCUCGAGGCCUGGAAUUGCCCACCCCUGGUCUAAAAUGUUGUCCUUUGUGUCUUCACUGGUGAACUUGAUGUUCUUGUCGACUGCGUUGAUAUGAUCUGUGAAAGUCUCAACUUCCUAGAUUUUGAUCUUGACCCAAGUGUCGUCCACAUAUCUGAACCAGUGGCUUGGAGUAGUACCUGGGAAAGAGUCCAGGGCUCUUCUCUCAACUUCUUCCAUGUACAAAUUGGCCACAAUGGGCGAGAUUGGAGAGCCCAUAGCACAGCCGUGCCUCUGCCUGUAGAAGUUUCCCCUGAAUUGGAAAUAUGUCGAGUUGAGGCACACUUCCAGCAGUUCGCAGAUGUGGUCUGGUGUCAGAUUUGUUCUGUCUUGUAACUGAGAAUCCUGCAGUAAUCUCUUCCUCAUUCAAAUCACUGCCUCGGUGGUGGGAAUGCAGGUGAAGAGGGAAGUUACGACUGGGGAGCUUCUGGUGUGUUUUUUUAAAGGUUUUGUGGUUAAAAAAAAUAAAAUAAAAAGCAACUCAUUAACGUGAAUGUUUUCUCUAUUGGUUUAUCCUGUGAUGUUCAAACUCAUGCAAGUCUUCAAUAAAACACCUCAGGAGCCAGUUUGCAGGUCAAAAAGUUGCCAUGUGAACCAGCGCUGCUUUCAAACACUUGUGCCCCUGCUUAUCAAUAUCAAUGUCUUCAUGGAAACUUUCAUCAGCUCUGUGCCAUCCAUGGAUUAUUUACCGGAAACUCGAAGCAGCUGUUCUGGUUAUGGUGUCAAAAGUGUGAGGAAUGUGAGAUUUUUAUGCAUUUCAAGUUGUAUUUAUUAAAAUGAAUUAAAGCAUAUGUAAUGUAUUCAUAUAACUUUAUUUCAACCUCUAAAUGCAAACUUGUCAACAAAUAAAUUCUGCAAAGGUUUCAAACA